GAGGUCGACCGGGCGCUCCGCCUGGCGUCUGAGAGCUCGCUUGCGCAGGCCAAGCUGGAGGUCGAGGACGUGAUGAAACUCGAGGAGCAGAGCGGCCAGCGCAUGAGGCACCUGCGCGGGAAGGUGGACGAGCUCUCCCGCCGCAUGCGCGCCGCGUCCUGGGCCGCCGCCGGGCAGCCUGGCGUGGCCGAGGGGGCCGCCGCGGUCACUCCAGCGGCCGGCGCUCCGCCGCGGGUGGCGCUUGCGGCCCGCCUCGCGAUCCUCGGUGGCGCGGGAGCAGUGGGCAGUCUCCAUCGGGCGACGAGAACUUCUCGCAUGCACAGAUCCUGGCCAGGCCCAUCAUGGGCCCAUGAUCGGUGAAUCUGCCUCCCUGGGCGAGCCAGGUGGGCG